AUGGGGGCAACCAAAAUGAGCCACGGCAAACACCCUGGGAAUAGAGCCGGGAGACCAGUUAAGCACAUCAGCCAGGUAAGUGGCCACACACAGGUGCACCAGAAGGAGAAGCGUAGGAAAAGAGAAAAAGUAUUUCCAAAUGGACAGACGGAGAAGGGGAGAGGAAAUACGGAAGAAAGGGACACCCACACAUCGGAAGGGGAGGCACUCACUCGCAGGUGGAACAAUCACACUGGGAGUGAUAGCUUCCAAGGCUACGAAUUGGGGAAGGGGGACCAGGUGCACGCCCGGCCAAGGAGGAGGUGCCAGGAUAUGCAGGUGAGGCACGGGUUGGCAAGGCACGGGGGGGACAACGAAGAGAAGAGCGGCGGGUGUAAGGGGCGCGAUGGGCGUAACGGGGGCGAUGGGUGUAACGACACUGACUACGACGCUGCGCACGACGCUACGCACGAUGCUGCACACGAUGGGGACAUUCCAUCCGCACGCGGCCGAGUAGGGGAGGAACCGCGUAACCAUUCGAACGUAGCGCCGACGCCAAAGGUAAAACGGAGGGGCCUCGCAGAACAGCAAUUAGCUCUCCCGGGCGAGAAGUCAAGUCUGGAGCCGCGGUCGCGCAGGGGGAGCCAGAAGAGGGAGCGUAAAAGGGUGCGGCUGCACGUGGGCGGAGUGGGGAAGCGGGACGGAUUGGAAGAAGAAAACGGAGUGGCAGAACGGGGCGAAGUGGCAGAACAGGGUGGAGUGGUAGAACAGGGUGGAGUGGCAGAACAGGGUGGAGUGACAGAACAGGGUGGAGUGACAGAACAGAGCGGAGUGGGGAACUCCGUGGAGGUAGGAAGUCCAGACGCCGCCAACGAAGGAAUCUCUGCCAACGAAGGAAACGCCGCCAACGAAGGAAUCUCUGCCAACGAAGGAAACGCCGCCAACGAAGGAAUCUCUGCCAACGAAGGAAACGCCGCCAACGAAGGAAACGCCGCCAACGAAGGAAACGCCGCCGACGAAGGAAGCGCCGCCAACGAAGGAGACGCGAAGAGGAAAAUCAAAAGGCACAUCGGCUACAGCAUGACCAACACCCUGCUGCACCUCAGGAAGUUUAAACAGUUGAAGAUAAAGAAGAGAAAAAAAAAAGGCACGCAGGGAAAGGCAAACGCAAACGCGAAGGCAAAUGCGAACGGAAGAGGCAAAACCAAGGGGAAGGCGCGAAACGCGGGGGGCAGGAAGGCGUUUCUGCCCAGGGCGCUCUCGGGCACUCUGCCCAAGUUGAAAAUAAAAAAAAAAAAAAAAAAAAUGCUCCUCUCCGAAACGAUAACAAAUGUAUAUAAAACAAAGUGCAUGAAUAUAAUUCUACAGAACCUGUGUCCACACAUGCCCAACUUUGGCAUCCUCUAUAACACGGAUUUGCACAUAUCCAUUGACGCGGAGAGGGGACUCUACAUCACAGGAUACAUUAACAAAAGAAAUUGCAACUUUAUACACGAGAAGGCGAGCAAAAACGACUUCGAAGACAGCGAGGUGAAGAUCAAAAUUAUAAAAAAGAGGAAGAACACACUGAAUUAUAAGAAGGGGCCCAACAGAAGGCUCUACUCCUGGAUUGAUAACAUCAAGGAGCUCAGUUUGGACGGGUGGGUGAAGUGCGAAUUGGCUGGGUGUUUAGAGGCGGUCAUCUUUAUACAUGGAUACAACACCAGCCACCUGGAGGCGCUUCAGAUCCUCGGCCAGAUGGCGUCCUUCGGCAACUUCCCCAACUACAUCAAGCUGUUCCUGUUCAACUGGCCCUCGGGCAAAAACUUCCUCGAGUUCUUCAUCGCCAAGGACAACUCCAAGAACAAGAAGGUGCACCACGCCUUCAAGUGCUUCCUGGACACGCUCCGCAGCAACGGCAUCCGACACGUGCACAUCAUCACGCACAGCAUGGGGACGCGGAUGUUCCUGCUGGCCUUCCACGACAUCGUGCAGAGCGACCUCUUCUCGACCAUCGACGAGAAGCACACGGGCGCAAGCGACCAGGCCAAGAUGAAGCUCAUCACCCUCACGAUGAUGAACCCAGAGUACCACCUAAGCGACUUCGUAAACAAGGAGUACGUUUUCCUUCGCUCCUUCUGUACAGUCAUCUCCAUUUAUUGCGAUUCAAACGACAAGGCAUUGAAGUGGGCGGAGAUUUUCAGCGGAACCAAGUCCCUUGGAAAAAACGUUUUCGAUUUGAACAUAUGCAAGGACAGCUACCAUAAGGGAUCCACCGGGGGGGAGAACUACACCUUCGAUAGUAACCGGUUGGACUGCUUUUCCAUUUCAGUUGGGAAUAAAACGAAUGACAGUGAGGACAGCCUUCAGGAACCCAAACUAGUUUCUUCCUUUUUGGACUGCGAAAACUUCAACCUGUCAAAUGAAAAAAUGAGAGACAAAGAAAUGAUGGCAACGAUGGCAACGAUGGCAACUCUUGUGCAGAAAAUGAAGACACUUUUUCAUUUUUUUUUUAAAAAGAGAGGCACUUCCCACUCGAAUGCUUUCAAUGAGCAAACAUCUGCAGAGAGAGAUCAGGGGAUGCCCAAUAGGGAUAUCACUCACCAGAAGUUGGCUCACCAGCCACCCAUGUUUAGGAAUACGCUUCUCGUUUUUACGGGGAUAGAACCCAUUUACUGCUACAGAGACAAUCGCGAUUGGCUAGAUGUAGAUGUGAUUGACACCACCUGGUUGGGAUCAAAUGUGCACACCUUGAGGCACUCCUACUGGUCGCUCAACAGGGAAAUUAUUGAGGACAUUCGGGAGCUGAUUGUCACCCGGAAAAGGGCUCGCCAGCGGACGUCUCGCCUGGACCGCCGGGAGGGCAACGUCUGGGUCUACCGAGUCGCCCCCUCCCACCUCAAGUCCAUUUUCGAUUCGGACAUAUGA